AUGCUCAUCUCCAAACUCAGUGCUGCGGCACUUCUCCUUUCCCCGGUCGCCCUCGCUGCCCCAACAGCAGAGGUCUCAUGUGCACGCUGCGACGAAGUAGCCCACGGUUUUGCCUCUCUCAAUGGCGGCACCACGGGAGGCAAAGGCGGCCGCAUCGUCACGGUCACUACUCAUGCCGAUCUGGUGAAGUAUGCGGCCAUGGAGGAGCCGUUGAUUAUUCGCGUCGACGGUGUGUUGACUUCCGAACCCAAGGGUUUUGAAGUCCCGAUUAAGAGCCACAAGACUAUUAUUGGCGUGGGUAAGACUGGGGCUGUUGUGGGCGGUGGGUUUGGGAUUAAUAACCAGAAGAAUAUCAUUUUGAGGAAUUUGGAGAUUAGAGAUACUUAUAUCCCCGAGGAUUAUAAUGGGAAGUCGAAGGAUUGGGAUGGGAUCCAGGUUGAUACUGGUGUGAAUAUUUGGAUUGAUCACUGCAAGUUUGCAAGAAUGGCAGACGGAUUAAUCGACUUGCGAAAGGAUACAGACUACGUCACAGUAUCAAAUAACCUCCUUUCCGAGCACAACAAGGCGUUUGGAAUUGGCUGGACCGAGAAUGUGAUCUCCAAAAUGACUAUCAACGACAACUUCUUCAACUCAACCAACCAACGCGGCCCCAGCGCCGACAACCUCAAGUACUGCCACAUGUUCAACAACUACCACCUGAACAUCACCUCCUACGGCAACUACGCCCGCGGCCACACCCAACUCCUCGUCGAGAACUCGUACUACGAGAACGUCAACGACCCCGUUGUCGCUGGCCCAAAUGCCUCGAUCAAGAGCAACUGGCUCAAGUUCAAGGAUUGCACUGGAGAGAAACAUUUGGAUGUCAACAGCAAGAAGGUGUUUGAUGCGAGGAAGUUCUACGAAUACGCAUUGAAGGAUCCUUAUGAUCUCCCAACUACGAUUCCUCCAUUCGUUGGCCCGGCCCCGGAUAUUGGCAUUUAG